AAAGUUUUCAGUCAGUGAAUCAACAAGAAUUCAGUUUAUCUUUGAAGCGCGGUACAAAAAGGUCAAGAAAGCUGAAAAUAAAAGAAUUUCUAUUUUGAUAGAGAACGUGCGAGUGAUUAAAAAUAUUUUCUUUAGCGAUGCCUAAUCGGAAAGCAAUUACAGUGAUUUUGUGAUGAAUAUGGUGUAAAUGAAUUAGUGAAUGAAUUGUAAAUUUACACAGGGGGUUGUUCAUAAAUGACGUUUGACACUAAAUUAGAUUUUUUGUCCCUCACCCUUCUCCCAAAUGUCUUACAAAUUAAUUAUAUAAAUUCAUGCAAAUGUGACAUUGACAGAAUUCUCCCAAAAAGAGGAACCAUCAUUUAUGAACAAACCCUAUAGGAACUGUCGAUAACUGACAGAGUGAAAAUGCAUCUUACCUCGACAUUCACACUUACACAGUAAUUAGUGUUUGAAGACGAAAAUAAAAAGAUUUUCGUGAAUGUAAAGUGCAUUUUACAAUUUUCAAUGUUUUGCUGCCAUCGUGAUAAUCAUUUCAAGUCAAUCGUUUAAAUAGAUCGAACGUGAAUUCUAUCCCGGUAGAAUUAAUUUCAUCAUCGGAACUGACUCAUUCUUAGAAAUAUUACUAAGAGAAUAUUUUUUCUAUCUUUGAUUUGAUUUUAACGCCAUAAGUGACCUUCCAUACUGUUAUAAAUAAUUUAGCAAGUAAUAAAGUGGAUUUAAAGGAACGACAAAAAGACUUUUUUCGUGAUCAUUUCUUCUCCAUCUUUUUUUGUGUUGAUUAUGCAAUAAGCUGAGACUGCAAAAAAAUAAAUAAAAUUCAAUUAUAAUAAGACUGUCGAAUACAAGAAAAUGAAUGGAAGAGAAGACUUUGGUCCAUUAGUGGACGUCCUGGUAGCAUGUGUGGGUGCAAUGGACGUAAUUUCAGUUGUCGCCAUAGUUUACAAUCUGGCCAGUUACAACAAUCUAUCAAUGGAUAUUAAUAAUAAUGAAGUCAAGGUAACACAAGAUAAAAGUCAACAUGCUGAGACAAAUGACACAUUGUCACGUAGUAAGGAUAGUGGAAUUCCAUUAGUAGUUGUUGAUUCUUCGAAAGUUGACGGUGACGUAAUCGAUUCCCUUGUUACAAAAGUCAAUGCACUGAAUGAGAAAGUAGCUGAACUUGUUAUACGUUCUCGCGAGAACUCAAUGGAACGCUUUCUCGAUGCAGAGCGUGAACGUUAUCGACGCUCUCGUAGUCCAUCACCAAUAAAUCGUGAUGAUGAAGAUUCGAGUACAUUUUUAGAACAUGAAAAUGACGAUGAGAAUGAAAAUGAGGGAAAAUCACAUGGCAAUGCUGAAUAUGAUUAUCAUCUAUCUAAAGGUAUCACGCGGGACGAUGAAUUUAGGAAAACAAUUAAACGUUCGUCACAGGUGUCAUCGCAGCAUGAGUCACGUGAAGAAGAAUUGGCACGACUUACAGAGAUUGAAGCGGAAGAGAUGAAUAAUAUGGAUGAUUUUGUCCCAAUAACAUACCACAAUGACGAGUAUGAUGACAAUAUUAUAGAAACAAUAGAGGAAAUGCCAACAUGUCCGAUUCACGGUAAGAUAGAAGAGAUUCUGGCAUCUGGAAGUAGCGAGAAACCAUUAGAAGAGAUUGAGAAAACCACAGAGAUUUCAGUUGGAGAUGCCAAGUCACAGAAUGAAAAUAAAAUGCAGACUAAAUUUGAUAUAAAUGAGAAUUUCAUUAAAAUGGAAAAGGCUGCUCUACAACAGCAAGCAAGCACAGCACGUAUGCUUAUGAAGCAAGGUAAUGUCGGAUCUAACGACUUUCCUGACGAAACAAUAAACGAAAUAAUCUCAAAAAGAGAUGAGAACAUAACGACUGAAUCAAAAAUUGUAGAAGAUGUCUUAAUCAAGGCACACGUUGAAGAAUCUCCAAAACUCGAAAACUUUCCAAAAUCUCUUGAAAUCACAUCAUCGACAAAUGAGGUCACUUCCGAAUUGAUUUCUUCACUUGAGGACACUCAAAAGGUUAACAUGACAAAUGUUGAAGAAUUCUCAAAAGUAGAUGUUGAGCCAUCCAUAAUGGUGCGUAGUUAUGCUGAUGUGCUUACAACAAACGAGAUUAUUGAUGAGAAUGUAACAGAAUUAAAGAAUGAGAAUCAAGUGCCGGUUGUGGAAGUUAUCAGUGAACCACAAAGUGUUAUUGGAAGUUUAAUGGAGGUCAAUGUAAAUCCGACAUCAAAUUACUCGCUCGGAUCUACGGCAACACCCUCAAUGAGCAGUUACAGCAAUACGAAUUUAAAUAUGUCGAUGUCAUCAUUACAGAAUAAGAGUGAAAAUAUCUCAUUGGCAUCAUCUGCGCUCGAUAAUGAUUUUGCAGUACGAAGAAGAACACCCGACCCCGACGUAAGUAUUUCAAUUUUACAACAUGAUGCUGACGAAAUAAGCAUAGAAAAUGAAUUGCUCAACAUUACUUCACCAUCGUCAUCUGGUGAAGGAUUAAAGAGAUCGAAACGUUGCAUUAAUUCACUCGAUCGAAGUGCUAGUCGUAGCUCAUUAAGAUUAAGUCAUUCAAGGAAGAGCAAAAGUCCAUCUGUGGCUAGUCAAGAAGAUUAUAAAGAAUGGUUCGAUAGAUUCGAUAAUCAUCUUUCAUCGGAACUAACUGUACAGGAAAAUGAUGACGAUGAGCUUUUCAAUUCGGACCUGGAAGAAGAACUUUUAAUCGGUGCUGAGGAUGGAAAUUUAGAUGGUUCUGAAAUAUGCAAUAUUGAUGAUGCCAAAGGUAAUGGAGACGUAUCAGUCAUUGUGACACUUAAUCUGAAGCAAAAACAAACGAAACAUGACGAACGAAAGGAGGAGGAAACGUGCAAUCCUUGCGAAGAAUAUCAAAAAGACAAAAACAUUUACAAGACGAAAGGAGAGGAACUAGAAGAAAUGCAGCAUGCAUGGGAGACAAAAAAGCGUCGCACAUCAAUUUUACCAUCGACAGAAGAGCAGCAAAAAAAUUACGUCUGUAUUCAUUUCCAUCCAGAAGAGUUUCCAGAUCGAAAAAAUGUUGAAGCAUUUCAUGAAAGUAGCAAAAAAGAGCCACACGAGCAUCAUCAGCACUUGCAUAAUGUGGGCUAUAAUGAAUGGAUGAAGAAAAUUGUAGAUCAUCACUCGUGUCAUUUGGCAUUAAGUGACUCCGGCAGUGAUUCUGAUGUGGCACUUGAUGAAGUGAAAAUGCUUCCGCUCUUUUGUGACGAGAAGUUGAAGAAGAGACGAAAGAAGAAAUGACUAGUUGCAAAAAGUUUGAGGAUUAAACUCCGUAAAUCUCUUUGUCGCGUUGUGGGAAGCUUGAAUUGUUGUAAAGCUUCAAAAGGAUGACUCUUUUUUUAAAAACGGAAGUUCCUGAUUCCGCGUUUGAUAAAAACUUUUGUGCCACAAAUUUUUGAUUUACUUCCUUUUUUUUCAUUUCUGUCUUUUUAGAUAAUUUUAAUAAAAUAUCGCCUUAAAGUAAGUGCAAGU